AUGAAGCCGGGGCCCGUUCAAGGCGGCGCCGAGCCUGGGCAAUUUGGCGGCAAUGUUGGCGACAAUACUCUUUCCAUCUCUGAUAUCCUCCCGCAAACCCGCAAGAUCAAUAUCUUUGCCUCCCUGACACGCGACAUCUCCACCGUCACAUCCCGCCUCGAAUCCACCAAGCCGGAAGACAAUACGACACUCCUGGCUCCAUUGAACUCUGCGAUGCAAGCUCUUCCUCGCAAACCAUGGGAAGAUCGACCGGGCGAUGAUUCAGGUGUGGAUGCCGAGAGGGACGAAGACAAAGCAGCCCGAAAUCUGCAGAGAUUCGUCGAAGAGCAUAUUGUUCCCGUGAGUCCGUGGGAGCAGGGCAAAUCGAAUAAAAUCAAGACACUAGGUGGGCAGGAAUUGUGGUGGGAGGAAAAUGAUGGUGGGGACAGGGUUAUCAACCCAGGCAGUUUGAUCGUCGACGGUGUUGUCGGAAGAGUGGGCAAUGGGGAGAUUUGGGCGGUCAGGGGAGUGGUCAACUAUGCGUGA